AAGGCAAUGCUGCUAGUGUGACGUAUAAUCUAGUGGACGGAACGCUUCUUUCAACAGCAGCAACAGUUAGUCAGCCACCUCGGUAGCUUGUUAGACAAAAUAGCUGAACCAAUAAAGCUCUUUAGACGCUUUCGUGGGUAUUAGCCACUGUGUUUUAAAGUUAUCCGAUUUGAUUUCAUAUUUACUGUGUUGUUAUUAUUCAGCUAGCGGGCUGGUUAAUUUAGCAUUAGCCUAGCUAGCUAACAUCUCCGACCAUGAGUUCACUAAGCUACUCUCCUUCUGCUAAAGAAGAGGAUGUCUGGUGGACGGAGAAAGAAGCUCUCGUCAAAGAGGAGAAGGAAGAGAAGGAUGUCACAGUAAAACAAGAAGUUGAGAGUGAGGCUGUUAUAGUUAAAGAAGAGAAAGACGUUUCAGUGAAAGAAGGAGAAGACUCGUUCAGAGUGAAAGAGGAGGAGGAUGUUACAGUAAAAGAAGAGGAGGAAGAGAAGGAUGUUACAAUACAAAAACAAGUAGAGAGUGAGGCUGUUACAGGGAAAGAAGAAGAGAAAGACGUUUCGGUGAAAGAAGAGGAAGACGCGUUCAGAGUGAAGGAGGGGGAGGAUGUUACAGUAAAAGAAGAGGAGGAUGCAGUUUUUGAAGUGAAAGGGGAGAUUACGGCCACAUCGGAAGAGGAGGAAACUGGAUAUCUGGGCCCGAUUUCCCAAACGCAAUUUAAGGCAUCCAGUGGUUCUAACGAUGAACUUAGCCAUCAGAUGGUUUUGAGAAACCGGGCCGUGAUUACCACUGGAGAGAUACGGGACUAUCGUGGAUCCUCUGGGGAGCCUCAACAACAUCAUGAUACUGACGAGGCAGAGCAGAGUCUCUCCACAUCAGAACUCCUCAAGAAACACCAGCAGAGACCCACAGGGAAUAUAUCUAUUUGCUGCUCUGCCUGUGGGAAAUGUUGCAAAUCUUCAUCAGAACUUAAAAUACACCAGCAAGUCCACACAGGAGAGAAACCACACUGCUGCUCUGACUGCGGGAAACGUUUCUCAAGAUCAAAUUCACUAAAAGUACACCUGAGAAUUCACACUGGAGAGAAAUCUCACCACUGUUUUGAUUGUGGGAAAAGUUACUUAAGAUUAAAAUCACUAAAAGUACACAUGAGAAUUCACACUGGAGAGAAACCUUAUAGAUGUGAUCAAUGUGGGAAGAGUUUUACUAUAUCUAGCUGUCUGACUAUACAUCAGAGAACACAUACAGGAGAAAAACCGUAUAGCUGUACUCAAUGUGGGAAGAGUUUCACUACAUCUAGCCAAUGGAUUGUACACCAGAGAACACACACAGGAAAGAAACCUAUUAGCUGUACUCAAUGUGGGAAGAGUUUCACUCACUUAGGCAGCCUGUUAUCACACCAGAGAAAACACACAGGAGAGAAAUCUUAUAACUGUGAUCAAUGUGGGAAGACUUUUACUCAGUCAAGCAACCUGGUAUCACACCAGAGAACACACACAGGAGAGAAACCUUAUAGCUGUGAUCAAUGUGGGAAGAGUUUUACUAAAUCGAGCAGUCUUAUUGUACACAAGAGAACACACACAGGAGAGAAACCUCAUAGCUGUGAUCAAUGUGGGAAGAGUUUUGUUACAUCUAGCCGUCUUCUUGAACACCAGAGAACACACACAGGAGAGAAACCUCAUAGCUGUGAU